GCGUUUCGUAUUGCAAGUCAUAAACAAAACAGUUAAAUUGAUAUUCUGCAGCUAUUAUAAAAUUCCUGGUAGUAUAUGCAAAAUUGGCACAGACGAAUAUUUUGCCCACGUGUUUUCCAUAUAUUUUGUGAAUAAUUUAUUUUUAAUAGAAAAUCUGCUAUUAUAGAUAUAAGAGAUUUAUUGAAUGUUACAAUGAGCGAUUGGGAAGACGAACCAACAUUACCACAGAUUACAACAAAACGUGUCGUUCGACAACAAUAUGACGAUGAUGACGAUGAAUGGAAUGGUCCAUUAUCGGAAUCGGUACAACCAAAUUCCAGACAUGAAAAAUGUCGAAGUUCAAAUCGCAGUUUUGACCAUCAGAGGCAAUCGAUCAACAAUUAUAUGGACUGUGAUGGUCAAGAGGAACAAACGUUAUUCACUGUCAAUAAAUCAAGUGUCGGCAUCAUCAUUGGCCGUGGUGGUUCAAAAAUCAAUGAAAUUCAAUCAAAAUAUGGCGUCAGAUUGAAUAUUGACAAAGAAACUAAUCGUGAUGGAAAUGUGACAGUUACCAUUAAAGGUGGAAUGCGUGAAUCACAUGAGGCAAAACGCUUUAUAUUGGAUUUGGUCAGUUCAAAUCGCUAUGAAUCUCGUGGCAGCAAUUUACGUGGUUAUGAACAGCGGAACGAUAACACACGAAGCUUUGAAUCUCGUUCAAAUGAGCAACAACAUAAAGACACGCUCGAAAUUUAUCCAGAUAAAGUCGGUAUGGUUAUUGGACGUCGUGGAACUACAAUCAAUGAAGUUCAAGAUAAAUUUAAGGUUAAGGUCAACAUCGAUAAAAAUACAAAUUACAACGGAAAAGCAACAGUAACUGUGUCGGGUGGUAGCCGCAGCGAUGUAGCUAAUGCGAUUGAAAAUAUCAAUGGUUUGGUUGGUGAUUCGAAUGCAUGUCAUGGCUCACAUCAACAACAAACCUCCUGGGCACAUGAACUACAACCUGAUUCGGGUGCAUCUUGGCAAAAACAAGAUACUAAUUCCACGAUCCAAAUGGAAACGAUUGACUGGCAAGCAGCUGCACGCGAAAGCGAAAUAGAAAAUAAAAAACGGUGGGCCUCACUGCCUCCAUUACAAAAGAAUUUCUACGAAGAGCAUGCAGAUGUUAGAAAUAUGACAUCUGAACAAGUUGACGCAAUUCGACAGCAAAACAACAAUAUAACAGUUAGCCGUCUAUUCCUUGAUGAAAAUCAAUCAAAUGACAAUAAUGAACCGAUACCCAAUCCGGUCACCAAGUUUGAACACUGUUUCCAGAAAUAUCCCGAUUUAAUGGAACAAAUCGCAAAUCAAGGCUUCGAAAAGCCAUCACCGAUUCAGUCACAAGCUUGGCCGGUUCUACUGAAAGGCGAAGAUUUGAUUGGAAUAGCACAAACUGGAACAGGAAAAACAUUGGCAUUCUUGCUUCCUGCGAUGAUUCAUACGGAAUAUCAAUCAAUUCCAAGAUCUGAAAGAAAUGGACCUAACGUGUUAGUGCUUGCACCGACACGCGAGUUGGCUCUUCAAAUUGAAAAAGAAGUUGCAAAAUACUCAUUCCGCGGCAUGAAAGCUGUAUGUGUGUAUGGAGGUGGCGAUCGAAAGGCACAGAUAAACAAUAUUCAGACUGGUGUGGAAAUAAUCAUUGCAACUCCUGGCCGAUUGAAUGAUUUGGUUGAAGCAAAAGUAAUUGAUGUGUGUACAAUUACAUUUUUAAUUCUUGAUGAAGCUGAUAGAAUGCUGGAUAUGGGGUUCGAGCCGCAAAUUCGAAAGGUAUUGUUGAACAUUCGUCCAGAUCGAGUUACUGUAAUGACGAGCGCAACGUGGCCAAGCGGGGUGCGUCGUUUGGCUCAACGAUAUAUGUCGAAUCCGAUUCAAGUAUGUGUUGGAUCAUUGGAUUUGGCCGCAGUACACUCAGUUACACAAGUUAUUAAGAUUAUUGAUGAAGAUAACAAAUAUCGUGAGGUGAUGAAUUUCGUAAAAAAUCAAAUGGAUCCCGAAGAAAAAGCAAUAAUUUUUUGUGGUAAAAAGGCCAGAGCUGAUGAUUUAUCUAGCGAAUUCAGUAUGGAAGGAAUUUGUUGCGCAUGUAUUCAUGGCAAUCGUGAUCAAUCCGAUCGUGAACAAGCUCUACUCGAUAUCAAAGAUGGUGUGGUCAAGAUAUUGAUAGCCACUGACGUGGCAUCUCGUGGCAUUGAUAUUCAAGAUCUCAGCUAUGUUAUAAAUUAUGACUUUCCGCGAAACAUCGAAGAAUAUGUUCACCGUGUAGGGCGCACAGGACGAGCAGGUAGAACUGGAAAAAGUAUUUCGUAUGUGACAAGAUCAGAUUGGGGUAGCGCUGGUGAACUGAUCAAUAUUUUGGAAGAAGCUGAACAAGAUGUGCCAGAUGCAUUACGUGAAAUGAAAACACGUUUUGAUGCAAUGCAAGAACGAAAAGAACGCGAACGAGAAAGUAUGGGUGGUGGUGGCCGCCGUUUUGGAGGCCGAUUCGGAAGUGGUGGUGGUGGAAGUGGCAGUUUCAGACACUAAAGAAUUUCCAUUAACAUUACAUUCAGUUUUACAUUUGUUGGCCAACAUACAUCAAAUCAUUAUUAUUUUUCUAUACUGUGAUCAUUGUAAUAAGAUUACAAUAGAUUUUCAUCAUACGUUAUCAUUUCCUAAUAACAUUUAUAAAUUAUUAUUAAUAAUAAUAAUUAUUUUUUCUAGAAAAAAGAAGAUUUCCAAAUUGAUUAUUACAAAAAUACAAAAAAAAAAAAAAUACGAAAAAUGAAAUUGGAAUGAAUCCAAUUAUCCAAUAAAGAUUCAAAUAAACUAUA